AAUAAAAUCCUAAUCGAAAUGUACAUAAUAUUACAUCCGGGCAUAUUUUUUGAUUUUUUAAAAUAUAUAAAACCUAGUUCAACCUACAGAUUAAGUAUUUCGUGAUAUAUUAUAAAAUAUCCUUAUAGAAAAUAAAGGUGCACUGCAGUCUCCAAUAGUCCGAUUGUAUCAAUAAAAUUCUGCGUGAUGAACAAAUUGAGAGCUGAAGAUUUUGUCAUUAACUUUGAAUUAAUGAAACGAUUCAGGUUCUAUGACAUAUUUAAACCGAAUGGUUCAAAGAUUUACCGGCUGUUAUUGCUUUAUUACGGAGUAUUUGUGAACUGCAUUGUUGUUUACAGUUCUUUAGGCUUUUUUGUCAAAAUGGAAGAUACUUUGAGUUACAGUGAUUAUUUUACAAUCAUAUUCGCUAUGAUUAGUAUUUUUUUAUGUUCUUGGAGGUUUUACAUUUUUUUAAGCAACGUUGAAAUAAUUUAUGACUUGUCCAACGUUACACGGUUUAAUUUUUUGAAGAGCAAAGAUUGUUGUAAAAAUAUAAAUAUACUUUGCGGCUAUAGAGACAGAGUGAUUAAAAUCACCAAUCACUUUUCCCUAUUCUCGCUAAUAGUGAUGUCACAGUGGAUACUAUUUGCUCUCGUAAGAAGUGCGUUCACAUCACCCGAAGACGAAAAUAUCCGUCAACAGAACAUUUUGAACUUACGUUUUCCUAUAUCUAUCCACACUUACAAUCAAUAUUAUUUCAUACUUUAUUUGACGGAAUUAGUAAUAUCAGUAUUUGUUGCGUACGUAAUGAUUUUGUCAGACAUAUUGUUAAUGUCUUGGUGUUGGAGUAUAAUUGCUCAACAGGAAGUCCUUAGUCAAGCGUUCAGAAAAAUCGGACUCGAAGACAACUCACAAAAAAUGUAUUAUGAAGAUUUUAAAUCAAUUUUGGUCGAUCAAAUACGACUUAAUCUGAAAAUUAAGUUAUUUUAUUCAGUUGUUCGUUCUGUUAUUUUAACAUACGCUGCUAUUAUGUCAACAUGUUUCAUAAUUUUAACUUAUGUGUUAAUCGUGGUUAGCUUCUCAAAGGAAUCACAUUCAAUUCUCGACAUUAUCAAGCUUGGAUCAUCAACUUCGUAUACAUGCGUACACUUAUUUUUAUAUUGUUAUUUAUUUGACAAUAUGAAUGUUAAAUUACAAUCUGUUAACACUAGGAUAUAUUCUUGUGAUUGGACGAGAAUGGAUGUAAAAUUUAAAAAGUUAUUACUUUUAACGAUGCAGAUGAAUAAUGCCAAUAAUUUAAUGAUAAAAGCUUCGCCGAAAAAAAUUGUUAACCUACAAUUAUUUGCUAACAUUGUAACGAUGUCUUACAACAUUGUUUCCGUCAUGCUGAAAACCACAGGUUAAAAAAAUCAAAUUUCCAGAUAGAUCUAAAUGUUCAAACGAUUAAUAAAUUAGGAAAUAAUUUAAUAUUGGUAGUAUAAAUAAUACUUGAUUUAAAAAA